AGUCGCAAGUCAUAACUCAUGAGGCAUGCGGAGUAACUAGUUCUUAAUCUGUGUGAGGCAUUCCGUUUCGAGUUUCGGUGGCGCAAUAACGUGCGCACUCGCAAAUAAAAUACAAAUAAUAAUAAUAAUAGAAAAACUUCAAAAUGUUCCCAUUACGUCGCGUCGGCAAUAAGAUUUUAGAACAAUGGCGGGCUCCUAUAACUGUGGUGGCAACAAAAUCUCAGAAAUACAGCACGGACACUCCUCGUCCCUUAACUAUGCUCACAGACGAUGAGUUAGCCAUGAAAGAAACGAUUCGAAAACUCGCUACGGAACAAAUCGCACCUCUAGUCAAGAAAAUGGAAGAUGAGCACAAAAUCGACGAAGGCAUUAGACAGAUGCUUUUUGACAAUGGCUUAAUGGGAAUCGAAACGCCAGCUGAAUACAACGGGUCAGGAUGUGGUUUCCUCACCAUGAUGUUAGUUGUCGAAGAACUGUCGAGAGUAGACCCGGCAGUUGCGGCCUAUGUGGAUAUCCACAACACCUUAGUCAACUCGCUGUUCAUGAAAAUCGGUACUGAGGAACAAAAGAAAAAAUACCUGACCAAACUAUGUACGGAGUAUGCGGGUAGUUUCUGCCUAACAGAACCGACGUCCGGUUCAGACGCUUUCUCGUUAAAGACUGUUGCCAAGAAGGACGGAAAGGAUUACGUCAUCAAUGGCUCCAAGAUGUGGAUCUCAAACUCUGAUGUGGCUGGUGUGUUCCUGGUCAUGGCAAAUGCUGAUCCUUCUAAGGGCUACAAAGGUAUCACGUGCUUCAUAGUGGAGCGCGAUACACCCGGCCUCAGUGUGGCCAAGCCGGAGAAUAAGCUCGGUAUACGCGCGUCCGGCACGUGCAUGGUGCAUUUCGAUAAUGUGAGGGUACCCGAAGAAAACAUCCUCGGAGAGUACGGGAAAGGUUACAAAUACGCAGCAGGUUUCCUCAACGAGGGUAGGAUAGGUAUCGCGGCGCAAAUGAUCGGCCUCUGCCAGGGCUGCAUGGACGCCACCAUCCCUUACACGCUGGAGAGGAAACAAUUCGGCAACCCCAUCUAUAAAUACCAGGGUAUCAGCUACCAAAUAGCGCAUUUGCAAACCGAACUCGAAGCGGCUCGCUUGCUCACUUACAACGCGGCGAGGCUCAAGGAACACGGCGUCGAGUUUGUUAAGGAGGCCGCCAUGGCCAAAUAUUAUGCGUCUGAAAUCGCUCAAACCCUAACAUCAAAAUGCAUAGACUUCAUGGGGGGUGUUGGCUUCACCAGAGAUUUCCCACAGGAGAAAUUCUUCAGGGACGCGAAAAUCGGCACCAUUUACGAAGGAACUAGCAACAUGCAACUACAAACAAUUGCAAAAUUAAUCGAAAAGGAAUACACGCAAUAAAAUUAAUCUUAUAGAACAAUUAUAUUUUUAUAUGGAAAUUGUUUAAAUGCAUU